AUGGGCAGUACAGCACAUAAAACGCAUGAACAAACACACGAACAAGUAAUACAUCAAUUCAUGACACACCCUAAACUGACAACCGUCGUAAUCACUAACUAA